AAUAGAAAUUCGAAUCAUUCGAUUGGCUAUUUUUUUUUUUUUUUGAAUAAUCUGAAUCAAAAGAAAAUAAACAACGACAACAGAAACAGACAAUGUUUAGAUUUAGAUUUUCUUAAUGCAAAAACAAAAUUCAACAUUCUAAAUGAAAAUUUUUCUUUGGCUUCAAAUCACAUCCAUUUUCAAUCUAAUUUUUUUUUCUGUGCCACAAACAAACGAUUAAAAGUUCUGCCACAUAUCUACAGAUACAACAUACACACACACACACACAACCAUCACAGCAGCAGAUCGAUCAAGAUUUAAUCAUCGUUUGUGUAUACAAAGACAUCGAAAAUGCGAUUGACUAAAAAUCCGUUUGAAAUAUUUGAUAGUGAAUUCGAUGAUUUGGAUGCACCGAAUGUUCAUUUUCGACCCGAAGCAUUGGAAACAUUAUGUCAAUUGACUAAAUUCACUAAAAAAGAAUUACAAAUGAUUUAUCGUGGUUUCAAACAGGAAGCACCAAGUGGUGUGGUUCGUGAAGAUAGUUUCAAACAUAUUUAUUCACAAUUUUUUCCAAAAGGAGCCGAUGUCAAUCAAUAUGCUCAUUAUGUUUUCAAUACAUUUGAUCCUGAACGUACUGGUAUUGUUACAUUUACGGAUUUUGUCAUUGGACUUUCUGUAUUGUCACGAGGAACUAUACAAGAUAAACUUAAAUGGAUUUUUAGCCUAUACGAUGUUAAUUGUGAUGGUGUCAUCAGUAAAGAUGAUCUAAGUCGUGUUAUUAUUUCCGUAUAUGAUUUAUUGGGCAAAUCUGUACAGCCACAGGUGGAUGAAUCCACUUAUAAACAACAUAUCGAUCGUGUAUUCAAGAAAUUAGAUCUCAACAAUGAUGGUAUCGUAACAUAUGAGAUUUUCGUUGAAGCUUGUAAAAAAGACGAUGAUCUAUUACAAUCAUUCGAUGUAUUCAAUACAUUACUGUGAUGAUGAUUUUUAUCAGUUUUUUUUCUGUUCUGGACAACAACAAUAACGACAACAACAACAACGACAACAUAUAUUUACCAGAAAAAAAACGACACAACAACAAUCUCUGCACAAAUGAAACAAAAAAAUAAUGGCUGACAGCAAAUGUGAGAAAUGAUUUUAUGCUGCUGUUCAUGUUUUUUUUUAUUGUGUUUCAUAUCCACAUCUCUCGAUAUAUUCUAUCUUUUUGAUCAAUGACGAAUAUUCUUGCCAUCAUAUAUUCCACAUUAUCUUGAUAUCCAUAAUAAUAAUGAUAAUUAUAAUGUUGUGGUCAUCAUUUCUCAUCACCACAUCAUCAUCAUGAUUCACAAAUCACAAAUCUAUCUUUACACACACACA